GAGAGCGUCGAGUUCUUCUCCAGCCGCAUCACGAUUUGGACUUCUAGGGUUCUAGGAGUUCUAAGAUAUGAUCAACAUCUACAUCACCAUGAUCACUUGCAUGGAUGGUGAUGUACUUGUCACUAUCUUAAUAAGACUGUAAACGUUGAGCAGGCAGGAUAUGAUCUGGCAGCUGCUGUGGAUGGAUGGUGUUGAUUUCAAUUUGAUGGAGGAGGAGUAUGAAAGUCCAGUUAGCUAUGGGAAUUAAGGUUAAGACAUCAAUCAUUAUAUGCUUUACAGAGCAGCCAGGUUGAUUGCCAUUCUCAGGGUCCAGACAAAUCAGCUGAAAUGGAGCUUUAGUGUAGCCUUUGAGUCAACAAGUGCCACGAACGAGUCAGUCCUCAAGGUUCCGUUGGACCACGGGAAGCAAGCAGUACGAGUGAUAAAGUCACAUGACAGAGAAGUGGUGUGUCAGAAAGCUGGUGAUGCAUCCGUGGUCAAAAUCAUCGAGCCACAGCUGCGAGAGCACUUAAAUCGGUGCUUCAAGGGAUUUUUCAUUCUUCUGAAGGGUAAGGCAUGGCUGCACUGUCGCGGUGAUGGUCUUGUCUAUGUUUCAAAAUUUGGAAUAUGUUAAAGACUGUUUCUGAGAAAUAUUUAAAAUUGUCUUGAAGAGAAAAGCUAAAC